UUUGACUUAUUUUAGAGAUUAAAUAUGCUGGAUUAAAUAUGAAAAAAAAUUAAAUCCUAAAUACCCACGAAUCACAGAUUGCGUGGAACAAUGGGACUUUAAGUGGUUCAAUUUUGCCAGUGUAUAGGUACAAUUUCCAGCUAGAUUUUUACUGUGAAAAAGAAGCAAGAUAUUCUGGGUAAUCAAUGUGACUCAGCUUAAAGGGAACCUAAGGCUUUAAGUUUCAAAAUUAGUGACUGAUGUUUCAACAUGGGUGCAGUAAAAAUUAAAAGACUUCUCAUUAUCGGCAUUGUAUUUGUAAUUAUCACUUUCUAUUUAUUUUCGACGCAGUUUAACGCAAAGAAAGUUGAGCUUGUUAAAGGAAGUUUUAUGCAAGUGAAUCUCAAUAUUAUAACUAAUACAAUCUCGAAUUGGUUAGGCGAACGUGUCUUAGGCAUUUCAUAUGAAAAACGGUUCUGCAAGCAUGUGACAAAAUGGAACAGUAGUAGUAAAUAUCCGCCAGUAAAGAUUGUCGCACAACAGUUGAAUAUUCAUGAUGGUGAUAGCAUUUUUAUUAAUGGCCUUCAUUGCGGCGAGUGGGCUGUUGCGUUGAAAGGUACCUUUCCAAAUAUUAAACUGUAUGGAGUCGACAAAGACCCUGAUUCUAUUGAAUAUGUACGUAAACUUGUUAAUGGAACGUUUGAGAUUUCUGAACCAUUUGAACUGCAUAAAUCGAGUUUUACGGUUUCAUUUGAUCAUGGUAUUGUGGAUGGAAUUAUUUCAGUUUAUUCACCAGAUCUGCAAUGCAAAACAGUUAAACAAAUGAUUCCCAUGUUAAAGGCGGGAGGCUCUAUGUACAUUGGUAAAAAUUUUGAACAGUGUGAGGAAAAAGCAGUGGAAAGCCAGCUGCAAACAUAUUUGCAUAUUCAGGUUCUGUCAGAUUGUUAUUGGAGCAAGAAAUGCUUGCAUGGACGACCCGAUCUUGUUGAGAUUUUGUAUUCUGAAGAAAGUCGCAUGCUGGAUGAUGAAGUGAAGUCCGAAACUCCACUCGAUCAUAAAAAAGAAGAACUUUUAAACGAAAUCUCUAGAUGUGCAACGUCCAUAUUUAUUUACAAACAUAUAGUUAUAUCACCAGAUAAGAAAUCUAAUUUAUUGCCAGCUUCAAAGUACGUUAGUCAUAAACAUGAUCAUAAAUGUACACACUCUGAGACUGUGAAUUCUACUAAUUUAAAUAAAUUAAUUGAUAGAGAAGGUAUUAAGAAAGCUGUUAUGGACAUGAAAAUUAAAGGGCUGGACAUGCAUUAAACUUACGUGACUUAAAUAUAAGAAAUUUUUGUAUCCAGAAAUUAUCGCGAAGUUGCAAGCUGACCUUUUUUAGGCAAAAUUAAAUAUACGCUAAAAAAAUUAA